AUGGCAGGACGUUGGACUUGGUCAGUGAAUAUAACUUUAAAUCCACCAGAUUAUUUUACGCCAAAACAAAUAACAAAAUCAUCAUCCUGGAUAAUGGAAAAUAUGCCAUGGUGAGAGAAUAAAAUGGGUUUGAUGGCCAAUUUUUAUGAAAAAUAUUUCAGGUAUAUUACCGCUAUGCUCGAAAAAAUUAAUGAUGAUUCCUAUCUAACUGUGACUUUGCAUUGUGACAACGAAAGUAGUUUUUGGAAUUGUGAUGCAGAAGUUGAAAUUGAUGUUCAAACAACAGCUCCAAAAAAAUCUCGAAUUAUGAAAAAUAAACAUUUCAAUGCAGCUUCAAGUUUUCUGGUUUUUCCCAAAAUAGCUAGAUGGUCAGAUAUUCGUACGCUAGAUAAUCGAUAUAAAAUAAAUAUUGCAUUAUCGUUGAAAAAUGUUACCGGUUUUUUGAAAAAACCAUAGAUCAAUUUUGAAAAUCAAAUUGAAUCGCCCAGCAAUGAUGUUACUCUAGUGAUCAAUGGAACUAAAUUAUAUGCUAACAAGACCUAUUUGGCUAUUCAUUCACAAGUAUUUGAAUCAAUGUUUUCUUCCAAUUUCAAAGAAAAAACAGAAGCAGUUAUUACUCUUGAAGAUAAUUGCGAUGAUUUCAUUGAACUUUUGAAAUUUAUUUAUCCAUGUGGUAAUCCAAUCAACGCAACAAAUUACAAUGGAAUGUUAAAAUUAGCCGAUAAAUAUGCUAUGUCUCAUGUUAUGUAUGAAUGUGAACAAUUUCUUAUUGAGACGAACAAAGUUGCUGUUAUCAAUAAGUUGGUUAUAUCAAAUCAAUAUUCAUUACCAAAACUACAAGUUAGUUGAGAUUAAAGUAAAUUGUCACAUUUAACUUUACAGGGAGCUUGUUUUCAAUCGUUCAAAGAUAUCAAACAAAUUGAACAAUUGAAACAAUGCGAAGAAUACGACUUGUUGAGUGAUUCAACAAAAGCUGCAAUACUUGAAAAAGUGUUCAAAUUGUUACAAAAGUAG